AUGUUCGAUAAAAUAAUUGAUUUUUUAAGACCAUGGACUCAUGUAAUGAAACGUACUCAAUCAUCGCGAGUAUCAUCAAUACAUACUGUAGCAUCAAAAAUUGAUGACGAAGAUUAUGCUGAUCAACACGGUUCGUCAAAAGUUUCAUCACAUACGCUCGAAAUUGAUUUGCAUUUUAAGCAUGGUGCAGAUAAAAUGACGUCCCUAACGAAUUCUAGUCAAGAAAAUGAAGAAUAUAAUCGAUUAUCAUUUUGGAAGAUGAAACAUGUUUCUUAUCCUAUUGUGGCGAUGGUUGCUACUCGUGUUUUAACUGUACUAGCUACCAGGGCAGCUGUUGAAUGCGAUUUCAGUUUUACUGGUAACAUUAUUACAUAA